UCAUUCUAAAAUUGCAUUAACCUAAGAUUUUUCAUACAACUUAUUUUGUAGUAGUAAAAAAAAUAGCCAUUGCAAAAAUGAAUAACUCUUCCCCAAGUUUUGAAUUACCCGGGUUUCGAUUUCAUCCUACAGAAGAAGAAUUACUUGAUUUUUACCUUAAGAACAUGGUUCAUGGCAGAAAAAUGCCUCAUGAUAUUAUUGGGUUUCUUAAUAUUUAUCGUCAUGAUCCUUGGGAUUUGCCAGGGUUAGCAACAAUAGGAGAAAGAGAAUGGUACUUCUUUGUGCCAAGAGACAGGAAGCAUAGCAAUGGAGGAAGACCCAAUAGAACCACGGAACACGGGUUUUGGAAGGCGACGGGUUCGGAUCGAAAGAUUGUAAGCUUAUCGGAGCCUAAACGGGUUAUGGGGUUAAGGAAGACUCUUGUGUUCUAUGAAGGUAGAGCACCAAGAGGUAGCAAGACUGAUUGGAUUAUGAAUGAAUACCGCCUACCUGAUAAUUAUGUUCUAAAUAAUAAGGACAUAGUAUUGUGCAAGAUAUAUAGGAAGGCAACGUCAUUAAAAGAACUUGAACAAAGAGCAGCCAUGGAAGAAGAAAAGUCAGCAAUUGGAUUUACAUCUUAUCCCACAUCUCCAUUAUCCUCAUCAAAUGAUAAUCAUUCUCUUCAAAUUGGUGGUGCUCCAAUUACUAAUGGUCAACUAUUACAAGAUUUGUUUCCACCUAUGUCUACUAAUCAUAUGAUUACUAAUUUGAAGAAAGAAGAGCCUAAUUUUGUGGAAACUAAUUGCAAAAUUGCUGCUGCUGUUACUUCAAGCCCAAUUCAACUACCCUUUGGUAAAGAGAGUUUAGAACUUCAACUUCCGAAAUCGGGCUUGGAGUACUGGGCCCAAGACCCAAUAAACUCAUUAACAUGCAGCCCAUGGCUUGAGAAUUUGUUGAACUUCUCUAGCCCAACAUUAAUUUCCCAAAUUCUAUGAUUUAUAAUCUUGUUUACUUAAUUAGUUUGCUAGAUGUAACUAAUUUGGCCCAACUUUGGCUUUGUUAGUUGAGCCUUUGUUUUCUGUAUGUAUGAUACAAUUAGUAAGUGAGUUCUCUA